UUCGUAUCCAACCUCACUCAUACUUCAUCGACAUCGGAACUACAAGGCAAGAGAGAACGACCGUAAAACACAGGAUCGACGACAUUCUCUCUGGGAAAUUCCGCGGCUCGUAAACAAAGACCGUCUUUACCGGAAACACAGGACAACAAGCAACGGAGGAUCGACGUUGAAUUCCUUUUUUUCUUUUUUACACCGACUACACCGACAGCCUGGAGAGAUACGACAAUACGAGAUAUACGACUCUUUUAUUCACACUAGAGCCAGCUUCAAAGCCUAGACUUGGAUCACACAUCACGAUACUGUAGCACGAUAGCGUAAAAUACCAAUCCGGAGGCUGAUUCGAUAACUAGCUGGCUAGUUAGACGCGAAUUAGACGUCGACCCCGGCAAUACAAACAACGAACGAGCACACCAGCUCUCACUUUCAAGGAGGACAUACUUAUCAAGACGGAGAAUAGGUAGGCAUGCCUACAUCAGUAGGAGACGUGGGGUCAAACCUCGUUGGAUCAUGGAAUAACGGCUUGACGUCGACCAAGGCUGUAGGAUCGCAAUUGGCGUUGAUGAGCGCUCUUUCGCUGGUCACCCUGCUCGCCUUCUCCCUCCUCCGACCGCGGGACAAACGAGUCUACGCACCCAAGAUCAAAUACCAUCAAGCGGUCGACCAACAAAAGCGCGCUUCGCGGUUACACCCUCCUCCCAACGGCUCUAAUCAUGUGAGGGACCAUAGUACGGGGAUGAUCAACCCCAACGAGGGUGGGUAUGGUUAUGAGGCCAAAGGGCAGGCAGGGUUCGGAUUCGAGAGGGAUAGGGAGGAUCAUAAUGCCGCCAUCGAGGAUCCGUUUGCGGAUGCCGCGCCCCCUCCGCCGAUCAGGAAUGGGUUCUUCAGUUGGUUCAGCCCGGUGCUGCAUGUGCAUGAAGAGGCGAUGUUGGAGCAGAUCGGCCUGGACGGGGUGACGUUCUUGAGGGUUUUGAGGUUAUUGAGGAUUUGCUUUUCCGCCAUCUCGGUGAUCGCUGUCGGGGUUUUGCUCCCGAUCUACGUCGUCUGGAACAAGAAAAAGUCGACCAACUACAACUUUUUCUCGAUGAUGACCGUCCAGAACCUCUCGGGCAGCAUCAUGUGGGCUCCCGUUGCUGCCACGUACAUCAUCAUCUUCAUCGUGUGUUACUUUGUCUGGUAUCAUUGGAAGAAGAUGGUCCUCCUCCGACAGAGCUGGUUCAGGAGCCGAGGGUACAGGAGGAAGAUUUAUAGUAGGACCUUGAUGGUCACGCUCGUACCCAAGGAUUACCGGACCGACGAGGGGCUGGUCCAUCUGAUGGGGAAGCUCAAGGUCGAUGGGAUCAAGAUCGGUCAACAGAUCGACUGUACCUCGAUCGGACGCAAACUCGAGGAUUUCCCUGAUCUCGUCGAGGAGCACAACAAUACCGUCCGGGCCUUGGAAGAGGUCUUGGUGAAAUACCUCAAGAACGACCAGAUCGCUGCCAAGCGCCCGACCGCCAAGAUCGGCUCGACGUUGGGUCUAGGCGGGACCAAGGUCGACGCGAUCGACCAUCACGCGAAAAAGGUCAAGGAGCUGCGGGACAAGAUUGAAGCCAAACGUGCGGACAUCGACGCGUUGAUCAGGAAAGAUAGGAACGCGAGGAAGCAGAAAAAGUCGGUCAAGCCGCACGGAGAGAAUUAUGGGUUUGUGACUUUCAAGACGAUCGCCGAGGCGCAUAGAAUUGCGAGGGCUCAUAGGGGCAGGCUGAAGGAGUUGGGUGGUGCCGAGUUGUCUUUGGCCCCGCCUUCCAGGGAUCUGAUCUGGAAGAACGUCACUAUGGAACCUAGCGAGCGGAGCUCCAAGGUCGUCAUGGGGUUCAUCUUUCUCGGAGUCGUCUGCUUCUUCAACACUGUUCCGCUCUUGGCCGUCUCGAUUCUCGCCAACUUGACUGCACUUGCGGUGUACGUACCGUUUUUGGACAAGUGGAAGGGUGCCGGACAAUGGGGAGAAUGGACCUUCUCGAUCGUCUCGGGUAUCCUGCCGCCGACCAUCUCGGCAUUGUUCGGUUUCUUCCUGCCCAUCAUCAUGAGGCGAUUGACCAAGUAUCAGGGCGCCAUCACUCGGUCGCGUCUGGAUCGAGCCGUCAUGGCGCGGUACUUUGCGUUCUUGAUCAUCUCCAACUUUUUGACCUUUUCCCUGUUUGGUGCGGCGUGGAAUGCGGUCGCCCAGAUUAUCGAGCAAGCUGGCGAGAAGAAAUCGUUCAAGGAGAUUAUGGACAACUUGGAUGGGCUGCCCAACAGCAUCCAGCAGGCGUACAUCCAGCUUUCGGUCUAUUGGUUGACUGCGUUCCCUCUGCGUGGAUUCCUGGUCAUCUUCGAAAUCGCUCAAUUGAUCAAGUUGCUGCUCCUUUCGGUGCAACGACUCCUGUUUGCCAAAACGCCUCGUGAUAUCAAGGAAUAUACUAAGCCGCCUUACUUCGAGACUUCGGUGGUCCUGACCAACUUGUUGUUCUCGGCGGCUGUCGCUUUGGUCUAUGCACCCCUCGCACCCUUGGUCUGCCUCGGUUUCACCCUGGUCUUCUGGCUUUCCUCUUUCGUCUACAAAUACCAGCUGCUCUACGUCUACGUAUGUCGAGCAGAGUCCGGAGGCCGACUUUUCAACGUCGCUGCCAACCGUAUCUUGGCUUGCUGCGUAUUCAUGUCGCUUUUGAUGAUUCUGACUAUCGCCCUGAAUCGACGGGUAUACACCGAUAUUAUUGGCGCAGCGGUUCCACUCCUCAUCGUAAUCGCCUUUAAAUUCUUCGUGGUCCGCCCUCUCGAGAGGCAAUUCAAGUACUACAACCCUUCGCCUCAGGAAGCCGAAGAAGAGUGGAACGCGGUCAUGGGCGAGAAGCGAACGCACCACCGUGAUAUGGAAAAACGAUUCUUGCACCCGGCCCUACAGAACAACGAGCUGUUCACAGUCAUGGUUCACAAGAAGCAGGAGGCUCUCGCCCGUGACGUCAUGUCUGCGUACCCCUGGUUCAACCCGAAAGUCGUCGCCGAGGAUCGCCUCGAGUUUGAUCCGAACCGCGAUCGAGCCAAUGAUGCGGAUUGGGAGACUGGCUCGAUUGCGUCUUCCCGAAUGCUCGAUGGUCGUUCAGAGAUUGGCGUCAAAUCGGAAUUCGGCAGUACCCUCGGACCAGACAGGCUACAAGCGUAUUACCAACAGGGUCACAUGGCCCGUUCGGGUUCGGACUUGGGUAUCACCGAACGAGGAUCCGAUCUCGGAUAUGCCAAUCCUCUGGACCGAUCGUCCGACAAUCUCCUUUCGGCGAGCGAUUACGCAGCUCAGCAAGGUCCGAUAAGAAAGGCCAGCGUUCGGGAGUACAACCCUCGAAAGAUGACCGACGAUCCGAUCUCGGUUCGACCGUUGCUGGAGAACGAUUCCGAGGUCAACUUGCAUCAACCGAUGAGUCGACAGCCAUCGACAAAUUCGUUUGCUCCACCCUAUCCACCUUCGCGACUGCAUAGCCCGCCGGUGGGGUACACGCCUCCUGCAAUGCCGGGAAUGAGCAGGAAUCAGAGUUAUACGUCGAGCGAGGGUGGCAGGCAGGAUGACCGCGCCUGGGGCCAUGGUCAGAGGUACAACUGAGGAAUUUUCUUAUAUAACAAGGACAGUCACAACUACACAUCACUAUUGUAUCUCCUUUAUUGCAUUUGGCAUCGAAAAAGCAUGCCAUGAACAUGAACAGAGUCUGGUCCGGC